CCACUCAGAGUCCAUGUGGCAGUGUAUGUUAGUCGUGGGGGGAGAGAGGAACCGUGCAUCUCUACCCACACACACACACACACACACACACACAUUCAUCAGGUGUGGACGCAGGCACCUCUUCAGACACCCUUCAGGCCCUUACAGCCUCCAUCAUGUCGAUGCACAGUCUGAUGACAGAACGGGAGAGGAAACUCCAGGCUGCCGCCAUCUGUAGAGAGAUACAGGGGCCCGAUGAGGCGGACGUGGACCUGGGCAGAAAGGUGUGUGUUCCUAAGGAGAUCAUGCUGGAGGAACUCUCACUGGCCUCCAACCGCGGCUCCCGCCUCUUCAAGAUGCGCCAGAAACGCUCGGAGAAGUACACCUACGAGAGCAUUCAAAACACCCAGAACACACAGAUCAACAAUGGAGUGACUGCAGAGGCAGCUGAGGUGGAGGAGAAGAGUGCUGAGGAGCCGGACGCUGGUGACCAUGGUGACCACUCCUCCUCCGACCCUGUGAUCUUACCUGACCCCGAGACUAUUGCCCCAGGUUAUGGUGGUCCCCUGAAGGAUGUGCCAGUGGAGCGUUUCAACAUCACAUCCAUCCCUCGCUCGUACCACUCGCCAUGGCAACAAGCACUUAACAGCGACCCCAUUCUGGCCGAGACGCUCCUCCACCUCAUCCCCGACCCUGAGCCCAAGCCGGAGGCACCCAGCUUCAAGAGCUUCAACCGUGUUGCUAGACCGUUUGGGGGUUUCGGCCGCGCUGCCAAGCUGCCCGCGCCUGAGAGCGCCCCGUCGAGCGGCGGCGUGAGCCCCCUGCCCCCGGUGUUGCCCGCGGAGACCAUCACCCUGCGGCCCACCUUCAACCGCACGGCGCUGGGCUGGAUCUCCGACGGAGAGCCGCUGGUGCUGCCCCUAGUGGCGCUGGACGCGCCGGACGCCGCCCCUCCGCUGCUCGACAUCCCCGAGUCCGACGACCUCUAAGGCCCUCACACACACCCAGAGUGUGUGUGCCUGCUCCUGCCUCUCGAGGGUGCAGUGACCUCCGCCAGCCGCUAGGUGGCAGUGUGUUGCGAGGGUAACACCUCCAGCCCUGCCCUCCUGCACCCACAUGCUCAAGGUCGCCCUCUGCAGGGCUGUAGGCUGAACUGCGGCCUGGUGUGCGUUUCCCAAGGCCAUAGUUGCUAACUGUUAGCAACUUUGUUGCUUGCAAUGCAAUGUCCCAUUGCCAACCAACAAGACUUUGCUAACAGGUUAGCAGCUAUGGCCUUGGGAAAGGCUGCCCUGGGUGCUAGCUCGCGUGCUUUCUGUACAUAGACGUGUGUAAAGACCCAGCACUUUUUGUGUCCAACACUUGAAUUGAUCGUUUUCUAAGCCCAAAUUAAACGCCAAGCCAGACGUGUGUGUGUGUGUUCCA